CAAUACGCCCUCUAUUUGUGAUAUUCGCAGCACAAAACGACAACAUAUUAUUAUUUGUGACACAAACGAUUGUGUUGGAUAGAGUUUCAAGUGUGAUUGAAAAUGGUUUGUGAAAAGUGUGAGAAAAAAUUGGGAAAAGUCAUAACUCCAGAUCCAUGGAAAAGCGGUGCUAGAAACACUGUAGAGAGUGGAGGACGUAAAGUUGGAGAAAAUAAAGCACUUUCCGCUGGAAAGGCAAGGUUUAAUCCAUACACAGCUGCGUUUGAGACUUGCAGAAUAUGCAGGCAAAAAGUACAUCAAGUUGGAUCACAUUAUUGUCAAUCAUGUGCAUAUAAGAAAGCUAUAUGUGCAAUGUGUGGUAAAAAGUUGAUGAGUACAAAGAACUACAAACAAUCUGCUACUUAA